CGUUCAAUCAGUAUUGUAAGGAAAGACAAAAGACUACGACUCCCAGAGUCCUUCGCGCGAUACACGCGCAACACGCCCCGGCCGAAACACAAAACUUCCUUUGAGUUGCCGACACAAAUUACAGAACAAAACAUUGUUCUACAAUUUCGAAAAGUUUAGCCUAUUUAAAGGUUUGUACGCGUUUAUUUGUCGAGUAUCUUUAGCUGCAGUUACGCGUUUGCAUUUUAAACUUUUAUUGUAAAAGGUUUUGAUUUUGUAACGUUUUCGCAGUUCCGCUCAGUUAUAACUUCACCGUUGGUUAUAUCAUAAUUAUGAAUAACGUUAACUCAAAAACAAACGUUGAGUCUAAGCAUUAACAGUUACAUUUAUUUAAAGAGUGGUAUUAACGCACGGACUGUUUUACAUAAAUUUAUUAUGCCAGAUAACGGAAUACAUUUUAAUUGAUAACGCUAGGAUUAUUUGGUGUUGAAAAACAGCAACAAUUAUUAAAAAUAGUUCACGCAUGCAUUAUAUAAACAAGAUAUACGUUUUUUUAUAUGCAGCAGAAGUUGUGCAUGUUAUUUUAAAUACGGCAACUUUUGUAACCUUAAUUGUUUUUAAUGUGUUGAUGCAGGGAUGCACCAUACAUUUUGGGCCAUAUCGGUAUUGCCUAAUAUAUGGUAAUUCAUCGGUAUGGGCCGGGGGAAUAAAUGGCCGAUAUAUUGUAGCUGAUAAAUCAUUUUCUCUGGUUAAACCACUUCAGCUGCACCCUGCUCAUAGUUAAAAUACAGUACAGUACUGUCUUUCUGUCAUGAUCAUUCAUUUACUGCUAUUAGCAAACAUUGCUGAUGUAGAUACAGUGUGUAGAGACAGUAUUUAUGAAUGUGUAAAUCAUAGGAACAAAUUCAUGUUGUUUGAACCAGACUGCUGUAUGAAUGCUUUCUGGCUUGAGACCUUAUAGACAUGUGGCUACAUUUUUCUGGGUUGCUCUGGAAGAACAUCUAUAAUUUGUUUAUCAAGAAAAGUUUGCAGGUUAAAGAAUGCCUUUUAUUUCAGUCUUAGGGAAUUUUAUAUUAAUGUUUAGAUACUGUAUUUGGCCAUAAACCUGUUAUCUGCUUCCAAUGUUAAAGAAUAAUCGGUUAUCUGCCGAAAUGUAUAUCGGUGUAUCUCUUUUUGAUGAGUUAUGGAGAGUGAUAAAUGUGAGCAGUCUAUUCAAGCAGAUGAUGUCGGAACUGAGCGACGACGCCAGCAGUGAAUCGGAUCCGUUAGGAUCGAGUCUGUCUGUGUGGCUGGCGGAUGGUGGCAACGCUCUGAUCGGCCCGGAGGAACUUAACGUGCCACUGGAUCUUCACACCGCUUCCUCUAUAGGGCAAUAUGAUGUAGUGGCUCAAUGUAUCCGCAGGGGUGAUGUGGAUUUAGAUGGAAAGAACAUAGGUGGUUGGACUCCUCUGAUGUAUGCCGCAUACAUCGGUCAUGAUAACAUUGUUAACCUGCUGCUGGAGACGGGCGUCAGCGUCAACGUCACCACGUCCAAAGGCCUGACGCCUCUGAUGCUAGCCGCCAGCUGUGGCAACGAGAGCAUUGCUUAUUUUCUACUGCAGCAAGGGGCACAACUGGAAUGUAAGGAUGUGCGAGGAUGGACGGCUCUUCUGCACAGUACAGCUACUGGACAUCAGCAAAUGGUCAAAUUCUUAUUAGACAACAAUGCCGACACAAACGUCAAGGAACCAAUUUCAGGAUUUACACCUCUCAUGGAAGCCGCGGCAUCGGGACAUGAAAUCAUUGUUCAGUAUCUGCUCAACCAUGGUGUAAGGACUGAGGACAGAAACAGUGACGGAGAGACAGCCCGAGCUCUGGCUAUGAUGUAUGGAUACAGUAAAGUCGCCAGCCUCAUUGACAUGCAUGUGAUGAGAGUCAAAUCAGCUAUGUAUGAGGAGUUGAGCUCCUCUGAAGAGGAAAGUUCGACCCCCAGGGUCCGUUCAGCUCGCAAUCGAACGAGGGGUCCCAGUAUUCAUGACGGUCCGCAAGCUAUAGCGCGCUUCAGAGUCGGCUCAAACCACGAGGUUCCGGUGACGCCACCCGGCUAUGUGACGUUCCGUGAUGUCAGCGAUCAGAGUGAGGGAAUCUGCAACCGUGAUGUCACUUCCCCUAUUAAUGAACUCGACGGGCAGAGCAACAGUAGCAGAGAUGAGUUGUUUUUUGACAAUGACAUGCCAACCAUGAGGAGCAGUAGCAGCAGCAGUGAGGGUUUAUCGAAUCUUCUCGGGCUCAGCAGAGAGGCGUCGCUGGAAAGCAAUGAGGACUCAGAUCAAGCCAAGAGGAGUUGUGUCCGCAGAACAAACAAACUCCAGCAUUCUAAGAGCAGGAGUUCAUACGGCAACAGCGGUUCUGUGGCCCAAUGCAGCUCAGCUUACUGUGAAGAACCAUCAACAACUUCUGGACACCAUCCCUCAUACACUGGACCUAAGGAUCUUUCAGAAUUCCUGGAGCAGAUCGGAUUCAGCAAAUAUCUCCCCCUGCUGAAGGAGCAAGAUAUCGACCUGAGAAUCUUCCUGACUCUUACAGAGAACGACCUGAAGGAAGUGGGAAUCACUCUGUUUGGUCCUAAGAGGAAGAUGACAUCAGCAAUAGCCCGUUGGCACAGUAACGCACGGCCGCCCAGUGAUGCUUUAGAGCAGGCAUAUGCAGACCAGCUGGAGGCAGAGAUGCAGGAGAUGGCCAUUCAGCUUCACAAGCGUUGUGUUGAGGUGGAGUCUCUACAGGCUCAGGUGUCUCAGGAGAAGGAGUUACGUGCCGUGAUGGAGGGAUGUCUGAUGGAGGAGAAAAUGGCGUGGAAGAACGUUCAGGCAGAACUUCAGGAGAACGCAAAACAUGUUCAGACGCUAAACGGAAAACUUCACGCUCUAUGCAACGCUCACAGUCAACUCACCCAGGUCAUCAGGGAGGAUGAACACUCCGUGGUUGAAGGUGAUGGGGUCAUAAGUGCUCAGCUGCUUUCUAAGAUGGAUUCAUAUAUGGGAGAGCUCGCGGACAGUCUGAAGGAAAUCUUUCACAAUCUGCAGAGUUCCCAAGAGAAAAACUCACACAACUUGGUGGAAUCCUAGCAUCCGGCAGUGGAAAUUUUUCAUUGGUUUUGUUGACGGAGGGUGACAGACCACCCUGGACACACUUACAGCCGCAGGAACUGGUCAGCGAGAGACGUGCAGAUGUCAGCCGUGCCUGAAGAAAGUUCAAAGAUCUGAAGAUGAUGGAGAGGAUAGAGCUUAUGAGGGUCGUUCUGCAACUACGGGCACUUUUAAGUCCCAGCAGUGAAAUUUUAGAUUUAUAUUAAAAUUUGUCAUAUGACGCUUUAUAAAUAUAUUCACAGUGUCAUUACACACCUUGACCAAACAUAUAUUUAAUUAGUAAUGUGAUUAAUUUAUAAUUAUGGAGAAUUUAUAGGUCCAAACACCAAUUUUGUUAAUGUUCCACAACUCUAGUCACAAUGUUAAGAUAUGUAAAAUAAGAUAAUUGAAUUACAAUUUGACAUUAUUUCAAAUGGAUAUGUUUAAUAUACAGUACAUAUUAAUAUACAGCAUCUUCAUUUUUUUAUUACUCAUGUUCAUUAAUAUAAUAUUUUUUGUAAGUAAAUGUACCUGUCCCACACUUUUGAGUCCUUACCGCAAAAAAGAAAAAAGGCUUUCAUUUAGACAGGUUUUCAAAAACAAACAAGCAUAGUUUCUAUGGGAACAGAAAUUAGUAUGUGAGCACAUUGCUGACAUAUUGGGCAUCCUCACUACCUCCAAUUUUUGGGGGGUAAAUAUCAUCUUUUCUGUGUCAGUAUUUAUUGUGUGUCCUUAACAAACAUCUUAGUAAUUCUUUACUUUGAACUACAUUUAAAAACUACAUCAUGAAUAUUAAGAUGCUAAGAGUAAAAAAAAAAGACCUUGACUAGACCUUGCUAACUGCCAAUAAGCUGCAAUAUUAGCAAAAAUGUCAUUUCUGCAACAUGUCUUUGCCGCAGCAAAUUUAGAUGUUGUGGUAAAGAACUUUUGUUGCUGUUGAGACAAGUUCAAGGUUUACUGUACACUGUGAACUCUUACCAGCCAUUACUAUAGCAAUAUGUUGGUAACACUGUUUGCCAGCUAGUUACUGUAGGUGUUUUACAGUAAACUACUGCGAUGACUGUUUGAAGAUACAUCAUUAAACAUAAUCUGUCAAGAUCUCAUGAGAGGAGAAUUAAACACAAACAGCAGUAACAUCUUCACUUAUUACAAACACCUCUUUCACUUUAUUUCUGUCAUCUUUCUCAUCUUUUAAUUCACCAUUAUGGUUAUCAGUGUUUGCUUUUGUUGGAUUCUUGACUUUCUUUUGUCUUGUUACAAUUUCCUCAUUUUUCAGUAUUUGCAUUUGCGUUUUGUAAUGUACAGUUACGCAAUUAUAUUGAAAGGGACUUUUUGGAACUGCAGCUUUAUGGUUGUUUGGUGACAAAGUUACAUCAGAAAGAAGUUUAUUAUUAUAUAACAAUGUAGGAUUUAUGGUUUUUUAAAGGUAUUUUUGGUAAAGUGAUUACAGCUGCUAUAAUGGCAAGAUCUCUAUAAAAAACAAAUCUUUCUUUGCUAUUAAGACACACUUAGACACUUGACAUACAAACCUCAUCAGCGGUGACAAACAAUCAUGAAUGAGUUUUGUACUAUGCAUCCAUCAUUGAUUGCAGUAUGAAGCGGUUCAGUUCAUUGUCACCGUUUUUCAGCUUGAUCGUGUCAAUCUGUUAAUGUGGACAGAUGAUUCAAUGAACAGUGUAAUGUGUACUGUAAUUACUGUACCUUGAUUCAGGUCUUGUAAUAAAGCUUUAAAUCUAAA